GAUCUCGAGUUCGACACCGAUGAUGGCGCAUCGGCCGUGUCGCUAUCCCUCCUCUCAGGAAGUAGUCUUGGAGGUGCAGGCACCAAGAAGAAGCGAUUGAGCGAUGCAUCACUUGCAUCAACAAACUCCGUCGCCUCUUCUAAGCGUGGCCGAAAGGAAGUUCAGAAGGAGUGCUUGAUUCCCACAUGUGAUGAGAUCAAAAAGCCAGGCUCGAAGUUUUGCAGGCAUCACCAUUGUCAUUGCGACAAUGCGAAGUAUGCGGCAUCCAAGGUAAGUGAGGAACAAAGGCAAGCCGUUGUCGAGGGCUUCAAGGAUGAUGCCAAGGCGGUUGAGAUGGUCGAGGAGUGGUCCCAACGAAACAUUGCCUCGCCUCUCUUCAAGCAGGGUGUCUGCGACUGGAGUGAGUGGAAUGCUCGCUUUGGGCUUCGUGUUUCAAUCAAAGAGGGGGCUAAAACCAAGCCGUAUGAGAAGCGGGAAUAUAUCAUUCGCCAGGUGUCCAAAUUUGGCCGCACCGAAGAGCAGGCCAAGAGCUUAUGGAACGAGGCCGAGGCAAGUUCAUGCCGACGAGAUCAUGGUGGUUUCCAGGGGCAGCUCCGACUAUGGUUGGCGAAAGAAGAAUAUGAAGACAAAUCGAAAGAGCGCUUUGUCGACGAGUCUGCCUUGGAGGGCACCAACCGCAAGAAGAAGAUGAAGGACAAGGACCGAGAUGCCAUGAGAAUGCAUGUCCAUGAAUUGAAGACUGGCUUCGGUCACAAGUUCUUUCAAGGCCAGUCCAGCGUGGCCACUUCCGAGCGGCCGAGCUGGCAAGGUGGCGGUCCUUCGGCCGUCUUCGACGAUGAUUCCGAUGCAGAGGAUAGAGGCAGCCAGCCGGGAUCCCCAGCCGGCCAAGCCCCUGCAGCUGCAAGCGCAUCCAUGCAGCCGGCGAAGGAGAAGUCGACCAAGAAAGACGUGCCGACAACUUUGGAGGACAGUGACGACGAGGAGGGCUUUCUGAAGGCUUGCAAGUCCUCCAAGAAGAAGGUUCCGUUGCUCAAUGCCAAGACCGCGUUCGUUUCCAAGAUGACGGCCGAGCUUUCCUCUAAGACUGCUGAUUUGCAGCGGCAUGUGACAAUGGCUAAGGAUAGGCUCCAAGAGCACACGGCGGCGAUUGCCAAGGCACCUCUUAGCGAGACAGACAAGAUGGCCCGGGACAUGUACAUCAAGCGAGCACAUGUGCACCUGGUUUGCGUGUUGGAGUGGCAGGGGGAGACCGUGCCGAAGGAGUACAAGGAAUCGCUGCUGGCAGAGACCGAAGAAUCCAAGCCCAAGACCGAUGAGGCAAAGGCCGAAGAAUCCAAUCCCAAGACCGAUGAGGCAAAGGCCGAAGAAUCCAAGCCCAAGACCGAGCAGACUCCCGAUGGUUUCGUGAAGGAUGUGUCAGGCCUCAUCGCCAUGAAGUUUCCGCAGUUCCUUCGCUCCAGCAAGCACAUGACAGGCUUUGUGCAGCAGUCUUUCGAUGGCAUCAAGGACGAGAAAACCUUGAUGAAACAGCGGUUGAAGUGGGCACGUAUGUUGGCUUGUUUGGUGGAGCUCACGGCAGGCAUGAAGCAUGCAGCGGUUGAGCUUGGCAAGCACAUCAGGGGAGUGGAAACGGCUGCUGUGCGGGCACAAGCAAAGCGGAAGGCUGACGAGGAGAAGAAGGCUGCACAGUCAGUGAGGAAGGAUGCGGAAGAACGUGCCAAGAAGAUCAAAGAUGCGGCUGCGGGCUCGGCAAAGAUCUUCUUCACUUGUCCUGCAGAUGCCUUCACACAGGUGCCACGAGUAUCGGUGAAGAAGGAGCUGGGCAACUCGGUGGACUUUGACAUCCCUUUCGUCGUUUCCGGCAACGACAUCGUGCAAGCGUGGAUGGCUGAGAAGCUCGUGACUAUGGUAAUAACAUCCUACGGCACCCGCUACAUCAAACAGGAUGCUAUCAAGAACGAGGGCAAGCACACUCAGCCGUUGCAGCCCUCGCAGGGAAAGGAGGCAACGGAGGCCAUGUUCGAGAAGCUGCUGUGCAACUUCAAGGGCAAGAUCGUGGACAUGAGCGAGGUGUCGGCCUCAUGGGGUACCACGUCGUGGCUCUUUGGCUACUCGAAUGACUUUGAGCAGUGCAACUUCACUCCAAACUCAGCCGGUGCGCUCAAAAUCUUGGUGUUCGGCAGCUUGAGUGUCUACAUGGUCCGGGCAUCCAGCCUGCUUGAGCUGCUUAACGAGCUCGGGCUGAAGGCUACAAGCACGAAGCAGCUGAUCGAGAUUAUGGAAAAGCUCUCGCCGGACAAUUUGAAGAAGAUGACUGAUGGUGGGCUUAAGUUUUAUCACUGCCAGCUUGAGAAGUCGGAAGUGAUGUGGGUGCCCACCGGCUGGCUGUUGUUCGAGAAGGUGAUCAACUCAGCCCUCUUGUAUGGCGUGCGCAAGUCAGUCUUCAUGCAGACUCCCAAAUUGAAAGAUGAUUACGGGAUCGUCCGCGACCUCUACCAGGCUAGUGGACACAAUGUGGACAAGAUGAUUGCAGUAAGCAAGCUCUUCGAGAAGUAG